ACUCAAAAAAUAACCUCAUUUUUUCAAUCUCCCGCCAUUGCUGAAGAAAUGGAGAAAACAAAGGAAGAAAUUGCAGGAACAAGGCAGACGAAUUUGAAGACUGCAUUUGAGCUUGGAAUUCACACUUUGUUAACUUCAUGUUCUAAAGAGGCAUUUUGUAAAGCUUUCCCUAAUUUUGCUCCAGCAGAAGUUGAACGCCUUCAUCGGUUGUUCAUUCAGGUGAUUACUUCUUUGCACGAGGAUAUAGAGGAUGAAUUUGAGUCUUUAUGUGUGGAGACACAGGCAGGAUCAACUCUCAACAUGGUGGAGCAGCUUGUGGAAGAACAAAACUUGGACCCUUUGUUUCCAGAGAAGAGCAAUGUUGAAGAAGUCAGGCACUACCUAUCAGAAGCAAAACAGAAUGAGAUCAACUACUUGACGACUAUGUUGGAGACGGCAGAAGAACAGAAGCGUUCCAUCACUUCUCGUCUUGAAAUCCUGAAGAAAGAAAGACAUGAUUUCUCUGAUGCUGCUGCUACAGACAUUGUUAAUAAGAUACGAACUGGGAAUCAGAAGUACAAUACGAACAACAAUAUUGGCUUCAAUAGUUGAUACUGGCCUCGUCUAAUGCAUCCUAUCCGCCUUAGUCCUGCGUCUACUCGAGAACAUGGAUUAAACUAGAGACUAUCAGAACUUCCAUUUCAGUGUGCCUGUGAAAUUUGAAGUAAAGUAGUUGCAUUUGCUUUCAAUUUCAAGCAAGUAAACAAGCUUGUUUAUUUCUUGUUCACUAAAAUGAUUGUGUAUGACAUUUGUAUGUGAUUAAUUAAAGCACUAGAAUAAGUGAAAGGACUAAUGGUUUCAUCUC